AUGUCUGCUACACGUGGCAAUGACGCUGGGGCUUCUCCCACACUGCGUGGUAGUGAGGCCGCAGACAUAAUGGAGGAAAUGGUUGUUUCCUCUGCUCUACAAGUAACUACCGUCACCUCCCUGAAGGAACCGACGGAUAGACAACGUCUGUCUGAUAUUAAGGCAGAAGAUAUAGAUGAAGAAGAAGAGACGUAUGUGACUGAUAUAAAGGCAGAAGAUAUAGAGGGAGAAGAAAAGACGUAUGUGACUGAUAUAAAGGCAGAAGAUAUAGAGGGAGAAGAAGAUACGUAUGUGACUGAUAUAAAGGCAGAAGAUAUAGAGGGAAAAGAAGAGACGUAUGUGACUGAUAUAAAGGCAGAAGAUAUAGAGGGAGAAGAAGAGAUGUAUGUGACUGAUAUAAAGGCAGAAGAUAUAGCAGGAGAAGAAGAGACGUAUGUGACUGAUAUAAAGGCAGAAGAUAUAGAGGGAGAAGAAGAGACAUAUAUGACUGAUAUAAAGGCAGAAGAUAUAGCGGGAGAAGAAGAGACGUAUGUGACUGAUAUAAAGGCAGAAGAUAUAGAGGGAGAAGAAGAGACGUAUGUGACUGAUAUAAAGGCAGAAGAUAUAGAUGGAGAAGAAGAGACGUAUGUGACUGAUAUAAAGGCAGAAGAUAUAGAGGGAGAAGAAGAGACGUAUGUGACUGAUAUAAAGGCAGAAGAUAUAGAUGGAGAAGAAGAGACGUAUGUGACUGAUAUAAAGGCAGAAGAUAUAGAGGGAGAAGAAGAGACAUAUAUGACUGAUAUAAAGGCAGAAGAUAUAGCGGGAGAAGAAGAGUCGUAUGUGACUGAUAUAAAGGCAGAAGAUAUAGAUGGAGAAGAAGAGACGUAUGUGACUGAUAUAAAGGCAGAAGAUAUAGAGGGAGAAGAAGAGACGUAUGUGACUGAUAUAAAGGCAGAAGAUAUAGAUGGAGAAGAAGAGACGUAUGUGACUGAUAUAAAUGCAGAAGAUAUAGAGGGAGAAGAAGAGACAUAUUGACUGAUAUAAAGGCAGAAGAUAUAGCGGGAGAAGAAGAGACGUAUGUGACUGAUAUAAAGGCAGAAGAUAUAGAUGGAGAAGAAGAGACGUAUGUGACUGAUAUAAAGGCAGAAGAUAUAGAGGGAGAAGAAGAGACGUAUGUGAGGGGUGAUCAGCAGUGUAAGGAGGAGGAGAUCCCUACAGAUAUCAGCACAGCAGAUGGACACACAAGCGGGAAUAUCUCAGAAGGACAUCUAAUGUUAUCCC